AUAGAAAGAAAAAAAAUACUUUUUAUUUAAUCAUGUACAGUACAAUAUUAAAUGCCACAAUUUCAUCCCUUCAAUUCUCUGCCUAGUCUCUAUUACACGUAGAGUGCUCAGGAAUAUAGGGGAUCUAUUACAUUGUCCUUUCCCAGGUAUUUUCAGUUAUGACCACGCUUUGAGGCUGUUCUGUUUCGGGAGGUCUCUGGUUCUGAUGGAAGAGUUCUCUCUAGAGCUUCAAACGCACAAGCAGGAAUACGAGACCAGUCUGGACUACAGUCCCCAGAACCCACCAUGGGCACCUCAGCAUCCGGGGCAGUCGCCGCACGGAAUCCCUGGGAGUUGUGGUCCUUUUCUUCGUUGGCAAUCCCCAUUCGCGCUAGGAUUAGGCAGGAGUAACCAACCACAACUCCCAGCAGCCCGUCUAGCUUCACGGGGGUGCUUCACGUUCUCAUGGCGCUACGCAGGCGCACUAGGUUCUCGGCGCGGACCGCGCAGACUGAAUAAUAAAAGGGGAGCGGCGAAGAGGGAGGAAGACAGGACCAUGUCGAAGGGCCCCGGGCCUGGCGGCUCCGCGGCUUCCUCGGCGCCCCCGGCCGCCACCGCCCAGGUGCUGCAGGCGCAGCCCGAGAAACCGCAGCACUACACGUACCUAAAGGAAUUUCGCACAGAACAGUGUCCACUCUUUGUGCAACACAAAUGUACCCAGCACCGGCCCUACACCUGCUUCCACUGGCACUUUGUUAACCAGCGUCGUCGUAGGUCCAUCCGCCGCCGAGAUGGCACCUUCAACUAUAGCCCUGACAUCUAUUGUACCAAAUAUGAUGAAACCACAGGCCUCUGCCCAGAGGGAGAUGAGUGCCCAUUCCUACACAGAACCACAGGAGACACUGAGCGACGGUACCACCUACGCUACUACAAAACUGGAAUCUGCAUCCAUGAGACCGAUUCUAAAGGAAAUUGCACCAAAAACGGCCUGCAUUGCGCCUUUGCUCAUGGGCCUCAUGACCUCCGCUCUCCUGUCUAUGACAUCAGGGAGCUCCAGGCCAUGGAGGCCUUGCAGAACGGUCAGACUGCGUCUGAGGGGAGUAUCGAGGGUCAGUCAGCUGUGGCCGCCAGCCAUGCCAUGAUAGAGAAAAUCCUCAGUGAGGAGCCGCGGUGGCAAGACACAACCUAUGUCUUAGGGAAUUACAAGACUGAGCAGUGCAAGAAGCCUCCUCGGCUCUGUCGCCAGGGAUACGCCUGCCCGUACUACCAUAACAGCAAAGACAGACGGCGGAGCCCCAGGAAACAUAAAUACAGGUCCUCCCCUUGCCCAAGUGUGAAACAUGGAGAUGAGUGGGGUGACCCCGGCAAAUGUGAAAAUGGAGAUGCCUGUCAGUAUUGUCACACUCGAACAGAGCAGCAAUUUCAUCCAGAGAUCUACAAGUCCACCAAGUGUAAUGACAUGCAGCAGUCAGGCAGCUGUCCCCGAGGUCCUUUCUGCGCCUUCGCCCAUGUUGAACAGCCCCCCCUUGGUGAUGACUUUCAGUCUUCUUCAGCCGUACCCAGUCCCACGCAGACUGGCACCGUGAUGUACAUGCCAUCAGCAGCAGGGGAUUCGGUGCCUGUGAGCCCCUCCAGCCCUCAUGCCCCAGACCUUAGCAAUAUUCUUUGUAGGAACAGCAGCCUGGGUAGUCCGUCUAACCUCUGUGGCUCUCCCCCGGGCACUAUCCGGAAGCCACAGAACCUAGAAGGUAUCAGCUUCCCUGGGGAAACAAAUCCAGCACCUGGUAGCUACAAGAAGGCACCUGGCUUUGAGAGGGAGGACCAAGUUGGAGCUGAAUAUCUGAAAAGCUUCAAAUGCCAGGCCAAAAUAAAGCCACACUCUUUGGAACAUAGGAGUCAGGAGCAGCCUCUGCUGCAACCUAAACAGGACAUACUGGGCAUCCUCCCAGUGGGCAGCCCCCUGACCUCCAGCAUCUCUUCUAGUAUCACUUCCAGCUUGGCAGCUACCCCCCCCAGUCCCGCAGGCCCCAGCAGCGUCCCUGGCAUGAAUGCAAAUGCCCUGCCCUUCUACCCUACUAGUGACACAGUGGAAUCGGUCAUAGAAUCUGCUCUUGAUGACCUGGACCUGAAUGAAUUUGGAGUAGCUGCCCUGGAAAAGUCAUUCGACAACAGCACAGUGCCUCACCCAGGUGGCAUCAUGAUUGGUGGCAGUUUGUUACAGAGCUCUGCCCCUGUGAACAUCCCUGGUUCCCUAGGCAGCUCGGCUUCCUUUCAUUCUGCCUCUCCAUCACCUCCCGUCAGCCUUUCCUCACACUUCCUCCAGCAGCCCCAGAGCCACCUGAGCCAAUCAGAAAACACUUUCCUGGGGACGUCAGCAUCACAUGGAUCAUUAGCAGGUUUAAAUGGAAUGAACAGCAGUAUCUGGGAGCACUUCGCCUCUGGGAAUUUCUCCCCAGGCACAUCGCCAGCAUUUUUGUCAGGACCAGGGGCUGCUGAGCUGGCCAGACUCCGACAAGAGCUGGAUGAGGCCAAUGGCACCAUCAAGCAGUGGGAGGAGUCAUGGAAGCAGGCCAAGCAGGCCUGUGAUGCGUGGAAGAAAGAGGCAGAGGAGGCCAGUGAACGGGCUAGUGCUGCUGGCAUGGAGUGUGAGCUGGCCCGGGAGCAGCGAGAUGCCCUAGAAAUGCAGGUGAAGAAACUUCAGGAAGAGCUGGAACGACUUCACACUGGGCAGGACCCCCAGACCCUUUGCUCCUUCUCCGACCUAGAGGCCCUCUCCCUCUCCACCUUGUAUUCCCUCCAGAAGCAGCUCAGGGCCAACCUGGAGAGAGUAGAAAAGGUGGUGUUCCAGAUGCAGUCACCUGCAAAGUGUCUCAAGUGUCAAGAGCAGCAUCGGGUGGUGCUCCAGUGCCAACACACCGUGCUGUGCGAGCUGUGUGCAGAGGACAGCGAGUGCCCCGUCUGCAACCCGAGCUGUGCCCGCCCUCCCCUCCAGUCGUGACCCACCGGGCCGGAUCACGGCACCUAGAACUUUUUAAAGUACAUAUAUAUAUGUGUGUGUGACUGUGUGUGUAUGUACAUAUACACACACAGACACACACACAGACACACACACACAUAUAUAUGUGUGUCUGCGUGUGUGCGAUGGCAGAUGUAUGAAGGGUGUUUGUGUGUAUAUCUGUAUAUAGAUAUAGACACACACUUAAAACAGAGCUGAGUUACCAAGCACUUUUAAAAAAUAUUUUGCAGCCUCUACCCUGCCCACUCCCCUCCUUUCCCUGCUUCAGAAACAAAUCUGUCCCCCAUCCCUCAAGCCCCUGUGGCAGAGUCUCUUUAUGUCUCUUUUUUAAAUUUAGCAAAUAACUUUUUAAAAAUCUAUUGGAACAGAAAACAGAUGGGGAAAUUGAGGGAGGGGGCUCUUCCUUGCAGGAAUGAGGUCUGGGCCGCUGGGGAAGCAGAGACCCAGCGAGGCGGUCCUGUCCCUUUUCCUGCCCCCUCCCAUCGCCUCCUUUAAGAAGCCUUUGGAAGCCAGAGGUGCUUCUGAAUGGUUGGGGGGAUGAGGGGAUGGCGACCACCCAGAAAACCUACCCUACAGCAUAUUGUAUUUUUUAAAAUCAAAUUUGCAUUAGAAUCAGCUGAAGAGCUGGCUGGCCCUGGGCAGUGGAGAGCUGGUCUUCCGGCCCUGGAUGGGUUGCCCAUUUCCCUGCCUUCCGAUCUGAUCCGGGAGGCGUCUCAGUAUUCCCUUGUGGUGGCAAAAGGUUAAGCAAAGUUUGCCUUUUUCCAAAUGUUAGAUGUAAAGGUGGGGCGAGAGGAAAGAGCCUGCUGCCCUGAAUGGGUCCUUCCCUACAUGCCAGUGAAGGCUUAGGGCUGGAGAAGGGUCAGUGGUGCUGUCUUUUGCAAUCUCCCCUCCUCGCUCCCACCUUUCUUGGGGCUCCUCCCAGCCCAGGGCCCUCCAUUGUCCCAAGUCGUUCUAAUCCAUGAACAGUGGGGGAUGCCCACGGCCACCAGUAAUGCAGUAACCGGGAGUCGAGGACCCCUGAACCAACAUGGCCCCCUUCCAGACUCUGACGAGUGUCCGGGGGACACGUGUAGGAGUGCAUGUGUGAACACCUACACUCACGCCCACGUGGAAAGGGCCCGUGUGCAUGUGGUGUGGGCAGGGUGGCAGCAGACUUGGGCUGGGCCACGGUUCAGGCCCCAGCUCUGCGUUUCUUGCAUUCUGGUGGCAUGGGGUGGUUUGGGGACUGGCCCAGGAAACUUGUCCCCAAGGUUGCUACCCAGGCCGGUACUAAUCUUUCUGUGCCCCCUGGCUUUGCCCUCCGUUGCCCCCUCAUAGGCUCCACCCUCCUCCCAGGCCUCUGGCAGCUACUUGGGGAAAACCCUGAACUGGAGGAGGGUGAAGCGCCCUUUGGGGGCACGGGGUGAGGGCCCAGGGCAGAGGAGCACGAAGCCUCAGUGCUGGGCCUUCCCAGCCAGGAAGGGGGUGAAGAUGCAUUCCCAGGUGCUUUUCAAGUGCAGCUGUUUUUCAGUCACUGUUUUCAGUGAGGAUGUGCGUGUGUGCAUGUAUGUGUGUGCGUAUGUGUGUGCGUGUGUGCGUCUAAUGUAUAUUAUUGUCUUAGCUUCCAUUUUAAAAAUUCUUUUGUACAGAGAGAUACUGGGGCUUGGGGGGGUGUUGAAGAUGGUGACCCUGGCACAGUCACUGGGUGUCUGUACCAUGUAGUGGGGCUGGAGGGAGAGACCUGGGCCAAGCCUGGGGCGCUGCUCUCCCUCUUCAAGCCCUCAUGGGCUCAACAAGAAAAGGGCUUUUGAUGAAAUAGGUGAAAUUUUUCUCUUUUUUAAAAAGAUACUGAAACAAACAAACAAAAAAAAAACCCUCCCAGCCAUUGGAAAUAAAGUAUGAAAUUGAA